UCGGUGACUGUCUUCACCAAGAUCAAUCUAUGGAUCAGAAUCCGUACAGGAGGAAAUCGUCUCCGAUCAGAACCACCACCGGCGGUUCGAAGUCCGUCGACUGCUCCCCACUACUUCCGAUGAAGUUUUUCAGCUCCGGUACGAUGAAGCUCACUAGGACCUUCACUACUUGCUUGAUACUCUUCUCUGUGCUAUUAGCAUUCUCAAUGAUCUUCCAUCAACACCCAUCUGAUCCGAAUCGGAUUAUGGGUUUCGCGGAGGCAAGAGUUCUCGAUGGCAGAGAUUACUCCAAUUUUACUACCAUCGAUACAAAUGAUUCUGAUAAGCUUCUGGGAGGACUACUUGCUAAUGGGUUUGAUGAAGAUUCUUGCCUUAGUAGAUACCAAUCAGUGCUAUACCGUAAACCUUCACCUUACAAACCUUCUCCUUACCUCGUCUCUAAGCUCAGAAACUACGAAAUGUUUCACAAGAGAUGUGGUCCGGGUACUGAGUCUUACAAGAAAGCUCUAAAGCAACUUGAUCAAGACCACAUUGAUGGAUACGGUGAAUGCAAAUACGUUGUGUGGGUUUCAUUUAGCGGAUUGGGGAACAGGAUACUCUCUCUAGCCUCGGUUUUCCUCUAUGCCCUUUUAACGCAUAGAGUCUUGCUCGUUGACAGAGGGAAAGACAUGGAUGAUCUCUUCUGCGAGCCGUUUCCCGGUAUGUCGUGGCUACUGCCUUUAGAUUUCCCGUUAACUUCUCAGUUUGAUGAGUUAAAUCAACAAUCCUCUCGUUGCUACGGACAUAUGCUCAAGAAUCAGGCGAUUAAUGCUGAGAAAACUCUGUCUCAUCUUUAUCUUCAUCUUAUCCAUGAUUAUGGAGAUCAUGAUAAGAUGUUCUUCUGCCAAGAAGACCAAACCUUGAUAGGUAAAGUCCCUUGGUUGAUCGUCAAAACAGACAACUACUUUGUUCCAUCGUUAUGGCUAAUCCCUGGUUUUGACGACGAGCUAGACAAGCUAUUCCCGCAGAAAGAGACAGUCUUUCAUCAUUUGGGAAGAUAUCUUUUCCACCCAGGAAACCAAGUAUGGGGCUUGGUCACGAGGUACUACGAAGCUUACUUAUCGCACGCGGAUGAGAAGAUUGGGAUUCAAGUAAGAGUUUUCGACGUAGGCGCUGGUCCGUUUCAGCACGUGAUGGAUCAGAUUUCAGCUUGUACACGGAAAGAGAAACUCCUACCUGAAGUAGUAGAAGAAAGAUCACACCAAGUCAAGACCCCUAAGCUAAAAGCUGUGCUUGUCACAUCUCUGAGCUCUGGAUACUCGGAGAAUCUAAAGAGUAUGUAUUGGGAGUAUCCGACAUCAACCGGCGAAAUCAUCGGUGUUCACCAGCCAAGCCAAGAAGGUUAUCAGCAGACGGAGAAAAAGAUGCAUAACGGGAAAGCUCUUGCGGAAAUGUACCUUUUGAGUAUGACAGAUAAUCUUGUGACUAGUGCUUGGUCUACUUUUGGGUAUGUGGCUCAGGGUCUUGGUGGUUUAAAGCCUUGGAUACUCUUUAAACCAGAGAACCGUACAGCUCCUGAUCCUGCGUGUGGUCGGGCUAUGUCCAUGGAGCCUUGUUUCCACGCGCCUCCUUUCUAUGAUUGUAAAGCCAAAACGGGAAUCGACACGGGAAAACUAGUUCCUCAUGUGAGACAUUGUGAGGAUAUGAGCUGGGGACUUAAACUAGUAUGAUUCUUUUUUUUGGUCAUUUGAUGUAACACGCUCCCUCUUCUUAAAUUAGAGCUUUUUUAUAAAGUCAAAGUUUUGUGCUUUUGACAUUUUCUCAAAUUAGAUAAAAACAAGAGCAUAAAGGGUCUUUUUAUUA